AUGUCAACAAAUUCUAUAAAACUAUUGGCGAGUGAUGUGCAUCGUGGGCUUGCAGAAUUAGUUGCAAGAAGAUUAGGUUUACACAUAACACCGAGUGAAAUAAAAAGAGAAUCAACUGGUGAAGUUCAAUUUUCAAUUGGAGAAUCAGUAAGAGAUGAAGAUAUUUUUAUCAUAUGUCAAAUUGGUUCUGGAGAAGUUAAUGAUAGAGUAAUUGAAUUGUUAAUAAUGAUUAAUGCAUGUAAAACAGCUAGUGCUAGAAGAAUUACUGUAAUACUACCAAACUUUCCUUAUGCAAGACAAGAUAGGAAGGAUAAAUCACGAGCACCUAUAACAGCUAAAUUAAUGGCAGAUAUGUUGACAAGUGCUGGAUGUAAUCAUGUUAUAACAAUGGAUUUACAUGCAUCACAAAUUCAAGGAUUUUUUGAUGUUCCUGUUGAUAAUUUAUAUGCUGAACCAAGUGUUGUAAGGUAUAUAAAGGAAAAAAUAGAUUAUAAAGAUGCAAUUAUAAUUUCACCAGAUGCAGGUGGUGCGAAAAGAGCAGCUGGUUUAGCUGAUAGAUUGGAUUUAAAUUUUGCAUUGAUUCACAAAGAAAGAGCUAGAGCUAAUGAAGUUUCCAAAAUGGUUUUAGUUGGGGAUGUUAGUGAUAAAAUUUGUGUUAUAGUUGAUGACAUGGCAGAUACUUGUGGAACCUUAGCUAAAGCAGCUGAAGUUUUGUUAGAUAAUAACGCAAAGGAAGUAAUAGCUAUUGUUACUCAUGGUAUUUUAUCAGGAAAUGCUAUAAAAAAUAUAAAUAAUUCAAAAUUGAAAAAAGUCGUUUGUACAAAUACUGUUCCAUUUGAAGACAAAUUAUCAUUAUGUAACAAGCUAGAUACAAUUGAUGUUUCUGCUGUUAUUGCUGAAGCUGUCAGGAGGUUACAUAAUGGAGAGAGUAUAUCUUACUUAUUCAAAAAUGCGCCAUUAUAG